GCUGAAUAGGUUGUGAAACCGCGUACGAUUGAAGUGGCAUCUCUGUGAUUGUCCUGUUAUUUCUGUCGUUUCUCGAACCCAAAUCGCCCCUUCCAUCUAGAUAACAGACUUGCGCGACCAUCUCUUGGAUAUCUCUUACCAUUUUGACAAGGCGCCAGUUUGUGGAAUUUCCUAUAUCACGACCUUUUCUUCCAGUCCUUUGAUUCAGACAGAAAGCCUUCAAAAUGUCUGGCAUCAAUGCCCCAGAUCGGUAUGUUCAUGUACAGUUCUUUGUUUUUGAUGCAUUGCUUUGGAAUGGUGAUUGCGACUGUGUUUUUGUGAUGGAAGGACGUGGCCCAUAAUGAAGAAGGAUCGAUACUGGACCUUAAUUACAAUCAUUGCCGGAUGUUGGACGACCCUCAAACAAAAGCCAGGAAGGACCUGAGAAGUUUUUAUCUGGUAAUCUCCUAUGUUUGGUAAAUAAACCCAUUCGCCUCACCUGGACUACUGAUUCAUUUCACCGCCCACCGCCUUGGCGUAACAUGGACUGCACCAUCAUCCACGACACAACAUUGUCUACAUUCGCCAUAUCUCAUUUUCAAACACCGAUCGUUACUAUUUUCCAAGCCGGAUUUACAUUGUUUGAAAACACGAGGGGUUGAAAUAUCUGGUGUAAUGGAUGACACUUCAGCUGCGAGCCCUAACCCUGCUCAACCCAACAUGAAUCCAGCAAGAAACAAGUCUGCAAGUCCCAACCGCGCUCAGCCCGGCACCAGCCCGGCAAGAACCAAGUCCGCAAGUCCCUCAGGACGCAGUCGCCGUGGCAGUAUGAACAAUGCUCUCCACAAUCUUAAGCUCGAUGACAACAACGACGGAACCAGAGAGAAGGGCACCACUGUCAGAAACACCCUCACUGUCAACAUCGACACUAUCAAUUCAGGACCACUGACCCCCGGCCCAUCUUCACCCAAACCUGGCGACACGUACCCCGGAUCAGGAAAGCGCGGCAUUCCACAAGAUGGCGUAGCUUGGAGAGAUCACCUUUCAAACAAGAGAUAUCAUAAUGCCGGAAUCAAUCACAACGCGAUCAACAAUCAGGACAGUACUGAGGCGUUCAUACUUGGUGACGGCGAGAAGAAGAUCGAACAGAAAAUCGAUACUCGAACUCCCAACACUGUCAUCUUCACCUUCAACAAGGAAGACCAUACCCUCGCCAACAUGCUCCGUGAGAAACUUUUGGAGAAUAGCCACGUCAUGUUUGCAGCCUAUAAGGUCCCGCAUCCUCUCUUCGCAAGCUUCGAACUCCGAAUCCAAACCGAUGGUGACAUCACUCCCAAGGAGGCUCUGAUCGCUAGCUCUAAGGAGGUCAUUAAGGAGCUCGAUGUGCUGAAGCAUAGGUUCAAGAAAGAGUACGAUCUUCGCAAGAUGGUUGGCAACGUGGGUCAAAACGGAGCUUGAACCAGCUACAUCACACCCUAUGCUGAGCAACCAUCCGAUGCUGGGGACGGAGCAAACGCGAACUAUGACCAAGGCUCGAACGAUACCCUGUACGAUUAUUGGAAAGCAGAUGACGGCGUUUUGGAGUCAGACAAAGGACUCUUCAUGGUGUAGACUAUGAAUGCAUGGUUAUACUGGCGAGGCAAGCCAGUAAGCAGACAGAGCCAAUAUCUGUCACACAAGUAAUUGAAUUGUGGCUUUGACCAUGACACUGCGCACUUGG